UGCCAGAGGCUGCACACUGCACAUACAUCCCUCAACCACCGCCACCCCUCUCUCGCACACAAGAGUCUGUAAGUGCGCAUCAUUGUUGAGCAGACAGAAGGACAUCUACACAAGCCAGUCCGAGCGACACCGCAAGAAACACGCACACCGCCUCUCUCCCUCUCAAUGGUUUACUUUUCCAACGAGCCGACAUCAGACGAACCACCAGAUAUAAAAUGUAGGCAGCGAUGCCCACUCUCUGCACCUUCCCCACCUGCACCGUGACACACACUCAGCCGCAUGGCAAUAUGUCCCGUCAGGGGCCAUGCACCGUGUCUCAGACCCCCUCCCCGCCCUCAUACCCGUGGCGGUCUUGAUGAAGAUGAGCAUCGUGUUCAAACGGUCCCUUGGCUGAACACGAUAUCGAGUAUAUCGAAUACACGUAGUGGCCUCCACUCCUCAGCGACAGCGGUUUUUCUCCCUCCUCUCUCUGCGGUUUGGCUUCAAGCUCGCAACCUUUCGGAGGGGCUGAGGAACCGGUCUCCAGCUAUAACGAAUGAACCGUCAUGUGUCUCCCUGCGCACUGCUCCUGCCUCUUGCUCUGCUCGCUCCUGCGCUUACUGUGGGCGGAGCAAAGGGACGAAAUCUCUUUCUUUUCGCCUCUGCUCUCUCUCUCUCUCUCUGCCAGGCUGCACCUGCUGCGUCGGAUGUCAGCGGAUGAACGGGCUGCCCCACAAGAGUGCGGUCGUCCCCAAGUUAAUCACCCGCUCCAAUGCAUAAUCAGCAGAGAAGAAUCCCACUGAUAUAAAAUGUAGUCAGCGAUGACUCCUGAGAGACAGAAAGGAAACCGGUCAUGCCUCUGUCUCUAUGGAUUGAUCUGUUUCCAUCUGCUGCUCACCCGCGCCACAUCCAACGUGAUGGUCUUGCCUGCACACACAACAACACACACGCAAUCGUCAUGUGCCCCUUUCUCAUGUGUGUGGUCUGUGUGUGACGUGUGUACCAGUGGCUGUCUUGACGAAGAUCUGCAUGCUGUCCUGCAGACGCAGCACGAUGGAGUAGUCCGACAAAGGGCGGCUGUCCUUCAGCUGCAUCCUCGCGAAGAGCAAACGCUGCUGGUCGGGGGAAAUGCCUUCCUUCUCCUGUAUCUUGGCCUUGACCUGUUGACACACAGAGAGCACACGAACGAGUGGGUCGAUGAGUGUGUGCUGUGGUGUGGUGUGGUGCUGGUGGGUCGCAUGACGUACACUGGCGAUGGUGUCAGUGGGGUCUACAUUCAACGUAAUCGUCUUGCCUGCACAACAACGCACCCACACCUCGAACUGCUCGUAGUGCCGCUGCCGCUCGCGGUCGCAUAUCGCAGCGAGUCCGGGAGGGGUUGGGGGCGGCUGCCAGCCGGGCGGCUCCCAGCCGGGCGGCAGCGGCAGCAUGCGGGCGUUGGCGGCCUCCGCGGCAUCGUCCAUGUCGAACUCAUUCGGCGAGCGGUUGCGCUCUGAUGUCAUUGAAGCAGACACAGUGACAAAGCAAGUCGUUGCCCAAUCGUGUGUAUGUGUCUGUAUCGGUGUGUGUGGGUCGUACGGCUGGUGGGCGGGCUGAGGCGCAGCGGGCUGCCGGGCACCACACGUGGCGGGGGGCUGGGUGGCGGCGUCUCCUGGAGCCUCAGCCUCGCUAGCCACUCGGAGCGCGUCAUGCGGCGGUUGGCGGGGCUGUGGCGGGGCGGUGUGGCGGGCGGGGUGUCCUCGACCUCGAAAUCCAGCAGCUGGCCUGCACAGCCACACACAUCAAUCAUGACAAGAGCCGUAUGGACACCACAUUUCUUUGCCUGUCUCCCCGAGUGAGUGUGUUGUGCCUGACCGCUGUGGGUGCGGACGACCAU